GGAGCAAAUAUAUUAUUGUCAGGCUUGUUGCAGAUGGCCUCGAUCGGACAGUACGAUGAUUCCACGCUGAGCGGGAGCUCAGCAACUCAUGGAACCCAACACACAACCUCAAAGAGCCCAUCACUCGUGAACAUGUCCUUCCUGAAAAACUUGACCGGUCAGAAGAAAAUUACGCGAGAUGGAAUACAACCAAAGCGCAGAGGGCCAAAGCCAGAUAGCAAACCUGCACAAACACGGCGACAAGAAUUAAAUAGACAAGCUCAAAGGACACACAGAGAGCGGAAAGAACAGUAUAUCAGAGCAUUGGAGACGGAGAUUUCACGAUUAAGAGAAUCCUACAGCAACGAUAUGUCGGCCUCAAAUCUAUCAAUCCACGCAUCCAAUCUAUCAAUUCAACAACAGAAGAAAGUCUUACUGGAGCAGAAGGAAGAGAACGCGAUGCUCAGACAGAUUCUCACGGUACAUGGCAUUUCCUUCGAGGCGGAACUUGAAAGACGAAAAGCUGCCCUUCGAUCCGGUGCCCGACACACCCAUACACACACCUUUGGCGGCACUGUUGCUCAUUCCCAUCCACAACCCCAUGCUCCGUCGCAAGCAGCCUCUCAUUCGGUCUCGCAGGAUCUCAUGGGAGAUGCGAACUACCCCAUUGCUACGCCUCCUACUACGGCAUCCGCCGUGAGCCCUCAGAAUGGUUCUGAUUAUACAGAUACACAGGGUGGAAGAAACAUUAUUCCUUCAUAUUCGGGAUCUCAAGGGUUCCAAAAUGAGCAGCCCGGUGUUCCCGCAGAAUCAAAUGCUUGGGGAGGCGAUAGUUUGGUAGUGGACGACAUACCGGGUAUUUUUGAAAAGGAGCCGCAGUUGGGUGUUGAGUUCAUCCUCUCCCUUGAAGAAUCCUGCCGAACUCAUAUGGAAUUUCUCUGCAGGCGAGCUGAGGACGACGAGGGCUCCGAGACGAUAUCCGGACACGCCUUAAUGGCAUCCUGCCCGCCCCCGACCCAAAUCGUUUCCACAGAACCGGGUCAAAUGUACCCCGUCCGGACUUACGAUCUACCGUAUCCAAAUCUAGCAACACUUCUCAAUUUAAGCCGCCAACUUGUCACAGAUGGCCAGAUCACUCCCAUCAUGGCGUUACAGUAUUUGAAAAGCCACGACAUGUAUCCGUCAUUGACACGAGAAGAUGUGCAGAAUAUGAUGGACGACCUUAAUAGCAAAAUCAGAUGCUACGGGUUUGGCGCAGUGAUGGAAGAUUUCGAGUUUAUGGACUCGUUCAGCAGCGUGAUAGCGAGGAAGCUGGAGCCUCUCAUGGAUGCUGACCCUGACGAUUCCAUAGGCCUCCCAGCCGCGCCCAGGAAGCUUUCGUCGGACGGUCUGAUGUAUUCUUGAGACAAGCGGAGGGGAAUGGCGGAAACCAUUUUUGGGCGAUAUCUUACUUCUACAUAGAAGAGGUUGACCGCACGCUAAAAUGGGAAUAGAAACAGGCAAUUUCACGUGAAAUUGUAUUGAGUUUCCUCUUUGUAUAUUAAUUUGUUUUACAUUCUCUUUUCUCCUCUUUUUGUGUUAUCUUUUUGACUUUUUGAUUUGUUUAUCUGUUACUCCUGUACUGCGUAUGUCUGUUUUUGGUGUUUUAUUAGCUCGUUAGUCAAGAUAAAGUCUAAGCAUUCAGGACGU